AUGGGCCGCAGGGAACGUGAAAUUUCGUUUGAAAAUAGAAAGCUUCUUUGGUUCAUUGGACUGGUGCUGGCAUCAGUUCUACUGCUUCAGUAUUUUGAACUUCCUUAUGGACAUGUUAUAUCAAACUUCUUUUCUGCUGGCAAGAAUUACUCACAUUUUACUGAAAAAGAUCGUGCUGAUGGGGUAGCUAAUUUCUCUGUCGCUCUGGAUAAAAGCAGCAGCUAUUCAAUGAAUCAAUCUGCAUCAGAAAAAAAUGGAGGUUCUGCUGCUUCCAAUAAAAUAAACGAUGACAGAGCCUCUGAAGUCGAAUUGUCACUUGAGGACUUGUAUCACAAUUUAACUUUCAGUACAAGGAAAAGAAACAACAGUGUAGAGACAGAGAAGGGAAGAGAAUAUGAAUACAGAUUUGCAGCAACACACGUUAACACUGACAUGAAUUCUGCUUCCGGUAGCAUCCAGGUAGAAGAUAUUGCCUUGAGCGAUGAAAUGAGAAAGCUAAAUGACAGCGUUGUGUCAGGAAAUGUUACAUUAGCACAGGGGAUGUCAGAGCAUCAAGACGAUUCUGGUAGUGCCAGGAUAUCAGUUCUCUCCAACACAACUGCAUUGGACAAAGAUGCAGUGCUUGGACAGCAGCAGAGUCAGUUUGCCUUAAUUGGUGGAAUUUCUUCGAAGAAAGCUGUUCCCGCUACCAAGAAAACAACCAAAAGUACAGAAAGAACAGUGAUGACAAUAAGGGAGCUGAAUUACAUGUUUCAGAGUCUUACUUCAUCGCCUCCCAAUUCAACGAUACUACCGUCUUCAGAUAGAGAUAAACAAUUGCUCAAAGCAAGAUUAGAGCUGGAAAAAGUGGAAACUGUCAAGGAUAAAUCCGGCUUAUAUGCUCCUAUUUACUGGAACAUUUCAAGGUUUGAGAGGAGCUAUGAGUUAAUGGAACAAACGCUUAAGAUUUUUAUCUACAAGGAGGGGAAAAGACCCGUAUUCCACCAGCCUAGGCUCACUGGAAUUUAUGCUUCAGAGGGUUGGUUCAUGAAUCUUCUGCAAGAAAGCAAACAAUAUGUUACAACUAAUCCAGAAGAAGCGCUCCUAUUUUACUUCCCUUUCAGUUCUCAAAUUCUGGAAGAGAUCGCAUACGUGCCCAAUUCUCACAGUUUGGACACUUUAAAACAGUAUCUGAGAAACUACCUUGAUAUGAUCAAAGCAAGGUACUCUUUCUGGAAUAGAACUUCUGGUGCUGACCAUUUUCUGGUUGCUUGCCAUGACUGGGCUCCAGAGGAAACUAAAACACUGAUGGCUUAUUGCAUAAGAGCUCUAUGCAAUGCUGAUAUGAAAGAAGGCUUCCAGUUGGGCAAGGAUCUAUCUCUUCCAGAAACAAAUGUGCACUCAGCGCAGUUUUCAACUAGAGGUCUUGGAGGUAAACCUCCUUCUCAGAGGCAAAUCCUUGCUUUCUUUGCUGGUAAUAUGCAUGGCUAUGUUCGACCUCUUCUGCUACAACACUGGGAAAACAAAGAUCCUGACAUGAAGAUAGUUGGUCGGUUGCGUAAGGAUAGCUACAUCCAACAGAUGAAGAGCAGCAAGUUCUGCAUAUGUGCGAGAGGUUAUGAAGUCAACAGUCCAAGGUUAGUCGAGGCAAUCAUUUACGGCUGUGUUCCAGUGAUUAUAUCAGACAAUUAUGUGCCUCCUUUCCUUGAAGUUCUGAACUGGGAAAAGUUUGCCAUUUUUGUUCUUGAGAAGGAUAUACCGAAUUUGAAGACUAUACUUCUGUCAAUAUCACACAGGAGGUAUCUUGUAAUGCAGCACAGGGUUAAGCAGGUAAGACAGCAUUUCCUGUGGCAUCAGUCACCUGUGAAGCAAAGCCCUGAUAACAUUUGCAAGCUGAGCAGAAGGCAGACUAUGCAGCAGUAG